AUGGAUUACAUAUUUUUUGCGGGGGCCACAUGGCUCUCACUCUUUGCGCUGUUGAGAACGGCGAAGGUGGCAGAGGCCGGGUCUAACUACACGUAUCCGACGAGGAAAUCAGAAGCAUUCGUGCAACAACCAGGCCCUGUCAGGUUACUGCCGGAAGAUGUGGCGCGCAUUCACGCCAUUAUGGACGAGCUGCAAGCGUACGCGAAGGACAUUAAAUACGACCAGGGAAUCAUCAUUGAGGCUUUGCAAUACAUAAUCGCGGGUGUCCGUGAGUGCGUGAAUUCCUCAGGUCAAACCCACGACUCGAUCUUUUUGGCGAUUGACAGCUACUUGAAUCUCAUCCUUAUGCCUCCGAUACGGGACCGCUACCCCAAGUUCCUACCAAUGGACGCAUACGUCAACAUCCUUCGUCGUAGAGCCGAGAUGCGCAUACGCUCGCUACGCACACGUAUUUACGACAUCUGGCUGGAUUACGUACUGAGGCGCACGGGAGCGGCGACGCAGCUGACGGACCGAAUAGCAUAG